AACCAGAGUACACCACCAACUUCCGCCGGAAGUCCAGCUAAGAACUUUGCCGUUUGAAGUUGACUCGGCGAUGUUUUUCUUUUGUUUUCCGACGCGUUAUCAUGGAAUGAAAUGAGCUGACAGCUUCAUAAACCUGCUUGCAAGGUCAUACUGCGCGGCUUCAGAAGAACGCAGCAAAUACUUGGCUCCACUUCCAUUCCAUUCCCCUGAAAACUACAGCUGCACAAGAUAAUUUAAACCAGCUUGUUUCCUGACCCUGUAUCGGUGAUGAUGCUGGCGGACACAGACCAAUCUAUGCCGCGUUUUGAGAACCCUCCCCCUCCUGAGGUCAUGAAUGCCAACAAGAUAGGCCGAAAGACCAACCAGCUGCAGUUCAUGCAGAAUGUGGUAGUCAGGGGUGUGUGGAGGCAUUAUUUUGCCUGGCCUUUCCAUCAUCCUGUCGAUGCUGUGGCUCUUCAACUACCAGAUUAUCAUACCGUGAUAACCAACCCUAUGGAUUUGGGGACCAUCAAGCAACGGCUGGAGAACAACUACUAUUGGAGUGCAAGUGAAUGUUUGCAAGACUUCAACACCAUGUUCACCAACUGCUACGUCUACAACAAGCCCACAGAUGAUAUCGUGCUGAUGGCGCUGGCGGUGGAGAAGAUUUACUUGCAAAAAGUCGCGCAGAUGCCUCAGAAAGAAGUAGAGCUGUUACCUAAUCCAGCCAAAGGAAAACGCAAAAAUAGAAUUUCAGAUACAACCCCCGAUGUGAAGCACACUGGCUCCAACUCAUCCGUCACUCCCAAAGAGCAGUCCCAGCAAACUAACACUAAGACGGGCCUGAAGAGGAAAAUCGGUGCCGCCACCGACACAACCUGUCUGAACCAGUCGCCGGAAAGCAAGAGAAGACGCGACGUCCUCGACCGAGCUGACGUAAAUGAAUUAGUGUCCCAAGUAGCCGAGGCGGACAAGCAGCGCAAACCGCUUAAGUACUGCGAGGACAUAUUGAAGGAAAUGUUCUUAAAGAAGCAUGUGGCAUACGCAUGGCCUUUCUACAAGCCUCUGGAUGCUGCAGCGUUGGGGCUGCAUGAUUAUCACAACAUCAUCAAAUACCCCAUGGAUCUCCGUACUGUCAAGACAAAAAUGGAGAGAGGGGAGUACCAUGAUGUGCAAAGAUUCGCCGCAGACGUCAGGUUAAUUUUCUCCAACUGCUACAAAUACAACCACCCGGACCACGGUGUCGUCGCCCAGGCCAAGAAACUUCAGGGUUUGUUUGAGAGGUUGUUUGCAAAGGUUCCAGACCAGCCUGUGACUUCAACGGUGGGCUCCGGCCGGGCUAUUGGUGGCCUGAGUGCCAUUUUCCACAAAUGUGAUCAAAAAGACCCCCGACUUGUAGAGUUGCCAAAACAGCAGAUCACAACAUUCUCCGAAGCGCCUUCAAAUAAUCCGAUGAAGAAAAAUCGGACCGAAAUGAAAGAAGAAAGAGGGAGCAGCGAAUGCAGUCAGACUGUCAGCUCGAGUCAGUCAAAGAACGUCUGUGACGAAGAAUCCCUGCAGAUGACAUACGACGAGAAGCACCAACUGAGCCUCGACAUCAACCGACUGUCGGGCGUAAAACUCGGCCGUGUGGUACACAUCAUCCAGACACGAGAGCCAUCGAUGUGCGACGCCGACCAAGACGAGCUGGAGAUCGACUUUGAGAUAAUGAAGCCAUCGACUCUACGUAAACUGCAACAAUAUGUCCGGUCUUGUCUGUGCAAGAAGUACAAGAGAUUUCAAAAGAAGCUGAGUCAAGUUGGGUCUCAUCGGAUAGAAAGCAGCACCUCGGACUCAGUCAGUAGUUCUGAAGACUCCAUUUCAGACAACAGUGACUCAUGUUAGGUAUUUGUUCGUCACUCUCUAAAUGAUGAAGACGUAUGUACAGUGUAUUUUGCUUUUUUGUUGAAUAUUAAUAAGUAUUUUUAAUGAAUUCAAUAGUCUUUCUCACCUUCUCUCCUACUGGCACUCGCAACUUUCUUGACCUCACGUGACUUAUUUUGGAGUCUUGCGCAAUAAUAAAAAUGCAAACAGAGUCAACGA